ACUCUUUUCAACCUCUUUCACCAGUUGCUCACAAUUCAUUAGAGCAAAAACCAAAAACAUAGAGCAAAAACCAAAAACAGAGGAAAAUGGUUCUGCUAACACCACCACGAACUCCGGGCCGGGCCACGGCCACGGCGAUAGCGGGCUCGUCGAAGCGGCUUAUGGUGAACUUUAUUGGUUCGAUGUCUCUGUUAGCUUUGUGGUUGAAAAAAGCUAGCCGAGGAAUUAAAACCCAAAAACUCGGGGGCGAUUCGCCUAAAUCGCCGUUGGCGAAGCCGAAGAAGUUUUUCGCGACGAUUAGUAACAAGGCGAUUAAUUUGAGGCACAAGAAAAAAGCGGAAGGGGAGCUGGUUGAUGAGGAUUUUGGAGAUGGAGGAUUGUGGCAGAGAGGUAUAUUGAUGGGGGAUAAAUGUCAGCCGUUGGAUUUCUCCGGCGUGAUUUAUUAUGAUAGCAACGGGAAUCGUUUGCCGGAGGUGCCGAUGAAAUCGCCGAGGGCAAGUCCGUUGCCGAGUUAUCUUUACGCUUCACCAAGGUCCGCAGAAGUGAAUUAGAAAUAGUAAGUUAAAAAAUAAAAAUUAUAGCAUCAGUAUUAGUUGAUGUUCUGUUUAGGUUUCUGGUGGCAUGUAGUUGAAUUUGGAAAACAUUUAAAUCUUUUCCUUUUUUUUUUAUUGCCUUGAUAUCCUGCGGUUUGUUUGGUUUGGGUUACAGGAGAUAUAUAUGGGCACCCUGGAACUGAAAGAUGUGGUGAUAUAUGAGCUAUGCUAAUUUUCCAUUAAUGUUGAAAAAACAGUGUAUAAAAAUGUUUUGAAUUUGAUGGAAUAAAUUUUGAGCUGUUUGCUUUGCUGGGAAAUUAGUUGCUAUGAAUUUUCAAGUUUGUGUGUAUUAAUUAACGGUAUCAUGUUCAGUUGUUGUCAAUGGUACCAAUUUAUAGACAGAGACCAUGAACACUGGCGGAACCGUGGCCUGUUAUAUCUAUAUUUGAGGUUUAUUCAUCUCAUCAAGGAUUAUGCAAAAAGCAACUAAAGUUGAGGCGGACCCGAGGUUUAAAGUUUUGAGACUCCUUCAUCCGAAAAUUAUACUGUAUUUUUAGAUAAUUCUUUUUCGUUUUAUGUAUAUUUACUUUACU